UUUGUUAAAUCGAAAAAAUAAACUUUUUUUUUUUUGCUCUUUUUCACACAUUGCACAAGCAUAUUUUACAAAAAUGUCUAAUUUAGAAAUGCUAGGAGUCUUCACUCCCGGCCAAAAAGCCUUGGUUAGAGGCUGGUGGAAAAAAGUGACAGCUGCACAUCCCUUAGCCAGGAAUUUCAAAGACAUGAAAGUACCAAUUGUUGAGAAAGGAGUGUUUGGAAUCCCACUUGUCGAAUCAAAUGAAUACGCUCAUUCCAGUAUUUCGUACAUUGACGAUGUAACCAAUACACAGUGCUUUGGUGUCAUACCAACUAUUAUUGCCAAAUGUGGAUCAUUUUUAAAAGAAGAAGCCAUGACGACUGAGGGUAUAUUUCGAGUAUCGGGGAGCGCAAGAAGGACCCGGAUGCUACAAUCGAUCUUUGAUACGCCUGAUACUUAUGGUUCCCAGCUAGACUGGAGAGGAUACACCGUUCAUGAUGCAGCCAAUGUCAUGAAACGCUUUUUAAAUUUUUUGCCCGAGCCUGUUAUUACUUUAAAGUACUACCGGAUAUUUAAGGACGUUACCCUUUCUGAAUAUCCCAAUUUAGAUCUAAAAAUAGAAGCGAUCCAAAACAUCAUUGCCCAAUUACCUUUGGCUCAUCAAUAUUUGUUAUUAUAUCUAUUAGAUAUGAUGGGAAUGUUUGUUACUGCUCAAGAAUAUACCAGGAUGGAUAUUGCAUGUCUGUCUGCUGUUUUUGCACCCGGUAUACUCUCCCAUCCCGACGAUGAAAUGAAUCCAGCCGAAUACUUUGAGUCUCAAAAAGUAUUGGGAUUUUUAAUAGAAAAUCAAGAACGAUUUUCGAUGCCCAGUGUUCAUGCAAUUACUAACAUUUCUCAAGUAUCACAAAAAAGUUUUCGAGCUAACAUACAAGGCUCUGAAGAGGCUAGACGUCCGUGCUCAAGCCAUCGACCAUCCCUUAUAUAUUCAAUUGCAGCUGGCUCCUAUUCAGGUUCAGGUAUUGAGUCUAUAGGAGCCAAUGAUGUUCAGGAUCCUCCAACAAUGAGUAGUUUGCGGAGAAGUAAAACAGCACCGAGUAGGCGUGAUAAAUAUGGGGCGCAUGAACCACAGCAGAUUGUCCAUGUCAACCGAACAUCCAGUCAGCGCAGCAGAAGAGGACUGUCAUGUUCUACAACACCAAUCAGAAGCAUGUCUGCUAUACCGAAUGCCACAUGAUUUUAAAAAUAAAAAAAAUAAAAAAAAAAGGACCCUGGCGUUAAAAUUGUACAAUAAUGCCAAAUGUGAAAAUGUUCCCCACAGGCAAGGUGUUACGCAGGUACAAAAUAAAUUUUUACCCUCCGUGUACCGCGGAAAGGGAAUGAGCUUCCCAUUCUCCCCGCAAUUUCAUAUUUUCACACACACGCUAUUGGUUGGUCGGACAAGGGGACUCGUACCAUUUAUAGAACUUUUUUUACCACUUUACCAGCCUUCUACUGUCAAUUCCCACUCUCACACUUUUAUUCAGUAUUUUCCCUUGUGUAAAAAAAAGGAAAGAAAGCAGUAAUUCUUUACUUAAUUCACAUAGUACUUGUGAUAUACCUCUUAAAAAAGAGAAAUGAUUCUAUUUAGUCGACAAGAUAUAUUUAC